GGGCGGUGGGAGGGGACGCUCGGAGUGUGGCGAAGGCGCGGGACACGGCGAGGGUUCCCGCGGCUUCCUCAGAACCUUCGGGACCGUGGAGCCCUUGCGAGGCGCGAGCGAGCUUGGGGCUAGCAACGAGCGCGGAGCGGGUGGCGGGCGGGGAGCAGCGGGGCGGCCGGGCGGAGCGGGCUCCGAGCCCCGGGCUCCGAGGCUCGGCGGGACACGGCUCUGGUGGUGGAGGCGGCGAUGUUCCACUGCAUUCCCCUGUGGCGGUGCAACCGUCAUGUGGAGGCCAUCGACAAGCGCCACUGCUCGCUGGUCUACGUCCCCGAGGAGAUCUACCGCUAUGCUCGCAGUCUGGAGGAGCUGCUGCUGGACGCCAACCAGCUCCGGGAGCUCCCCGAGCAAUUUUUCCAGCUAGUCAAAUUACGAAAGCUUGGACUCAGUGAUAAUGAAAUUCAGCGGCUCCCUCCAGAAAUAGCAAACUUCAUGCAGCUGGUGGAACUCGACGUGUCUCGGAAUGAUAUCCCUGAAAUCCCGGAAAGCAUCUCCUUCUGCAAAGCGCUGCAGGUGGCCGACUUCAGCGGAAACCCGCUCACCAGGUUGCCUGAGAGCUUUCCUGAACUACAGAACUUAACAUGUCUUUCUGUAAAUGACAUCUCGCUGCAGUCUCUGCCAGAGAAUAUUGGAAAUCUCUAUAACCUGGCCUCACUGGAACUGAGAGAGAAUCUUCUUACAUAUCUUCCUGACUCUCUUACCCAACUAAGGAGACUAGAAGAACUUGAUUUAGGAAACAAUGAAAUCUAUAAUUUGCCAGAAUCAAUUGGGGCGCUCCUACAUCUGAAGGAUCUCUGGUUGGAUGGAAAUCAACUGUCUGAAUUACCUCAGGAAAUAGGGAAUCUGAAGAACCUGCUCUGCUUAGACGUCUCUGAGAACAGGCUAGAAAGACUUCCUGAAGAAAUCAGCGGCCUGACUUCUUUGACAGACUUAGUCGUUUCCCAGAACUUGCUCGAAACAAUUCCUGAAGGCAUUGGCAAACUAAAGAAGCUGUCGAUCUUGAAGUUGGAUCAAAACAGACUCACACAGUUGCCUGAAGCAAUUGGGGAUUGUGAAAAUCUCACAGAAUUAGUUCUUACAGAAAACCGGCUCCUGACUUUACCUAAGAGCAUUGGAAAACUUAAGAAGUUGAGCAACUUGAAUGCAGACAGGAAUAAAUUAGUGUCAUUACCAAAAGAGAUUGGCGGGUGCUGCAGCCUCACCAUGUUCUGCAUCCGGGACAACAGACUAACUCGACUACCUGCAGAGGUGUCACAGGCCAUGGAACUUCAUGUCCUCGAUGUGGCGGGGAACAGGUUGCAUCAUCUGCCCUUAUCGCUGACCACCCUGAAGUUAAAGGCCCUGUGGUUAUCCGACAACCAGUCGCAGCCUCUCCUCACGUUCCAGACGGACAUAGACCGCACCACUGGGGAGAAGAUUUUAACGUGUGUCUUACUUCCUCAGAUACCUUCCGAACCUAUCUGCCAAGAGAGCCUGCCGCGUUGUGGUGCCUUGGAGAGCCUGGUAACUGAUGUCUCUGAGGAAGCCUGGAAUGACCGCUCAGUCCACAGAGUUAGUGCCAUCCGGUUUUUGGAAGAUGAGAAGGAUGAAGAUGAAAACGAAACGGGUCCCUCACGGAAACCUCAACUUGCUCCAGGGAAAGUAAGAAAUGCCAGGGCUACCUGGAGGAGGUGGACCACCAGAGGAAAGUACUCCCUCAAAACUAGGCUCAUCUGAUUGUGCCAAUGACUCAACGUCAAAGGAUGCCCCCCUCCAGUCAGUGAAGCAUGUACUAACCGUGAGUUAGCCCCAUGUCAGAUGUGGAUAGCUGCUUGUGGACUGCUGUUGUAUUUAAGCAAUAUUUUAGCACCAUUUCUGUCUGUAACCCUUUACAUUGGUCAGAGUAAGUAAAUGUAAAGAGAUGUACUUUUAUUUUGUUUUGUUUUACUUUUGAGACAGGGUCUUGGUAUAUUUUAGCCCAGGCUGAUCUGCAACUCAAGAUCCUCCUGCUGCAGCCUCCCAAGGCCUGGGAUUUCAUGUGUGUUUUGGUAAAGUUUGUACUAUCUUGAUAAUAAAGUUACUUUCUUCUCUUGCUAUAACUGA